AUGCUGUGCUUUGCCCUUGCAGGCAGCGAGCCCGGCCGGCUCCCAGGGCACGGGCCCGCCGGCCGCCACCUCGGCGCGGGCCCCCAGGGGAGCGGAGGGGCGGGCUCGCCGCCGCACGAGGGGCUGCGCUGCCGCCCGGAGGAGGCCGGAGGAGCCGCAGGCUGCGGCAAGGAGAGCAGUAAGUCGGCGGCCAGCAAGAAGAAGACGCGCACCAUCUUCUCCAAGAGCCAGGUCUUCCAGCUGGAGUCCACCUUUGACGUGAAGCGCUACCUGAGCAGCUCGGAGCGCGCCGGCCUGGCCGCCUCGCUGCACCUCACCGAGACCCAGGUGAAGAUCUGGUUCCAGAACCGCCGCAACAAGCUCAAGAGACAGAUGUCGGCAGAGCCGGAGGGUCCCUCCCCGGCCGCGGCGGAGCCCCCCACAGAGCCGCUGCCCCCCGCCGCCGCCGCCGCUCUCCCCUUCCCGGCCCUCUACAAAGACAGCACCUUCCUCGGCCGCUGCUUGCUGCCCGUGUCCUUCCCCCUGCUCUGCCCGGGCAGCGCCGUGCCUUACCUCUGCCUCCCCAGCCCCGGCAAAUACUUCAGCCUGCUGGAUGGGGACGUAUAA